CUACGACUACCAUUGCCGCGAGGACUCCCACCAAGGUGAAAGAUCAUCAAUCCACCAUGACGCAUGAAUAGGAGAACUAAUCUCUACAACUACAAUUUAUCGCAGUUUUCUCCAAACACGUUGACAUUCAGCGAGCGAGUACUACUCUACCACACAUGUCCGCAAAUGAUGCCAUUGACAUACUACGUGUAUGAUCUCACUAGACCUUUGAUACUUUGAGGAGGACGCAAAAAUCGGGGGAGUAGAGUGAGAGAGGAAAAUAUAAAUAGUGAAACCACCAAUGACAUUUGCUACCAUGCUACCGAACGCAAACCAUCGUCGCUGUGCCGCUACAUUAAUGAAAGGGAAAAAGAGAACGUCACUGUCACCAUCUCUUUUUCUGUCUCUAAUUGUUUUACUGCUGCAUUAUCGCCGCAAUCGUAUCACACAAGUGAAUUCUUUCCAAUAUAAACCAACUCCAACCGUUCGUCACCAAACAAGGGGGAAAAGUCCAACAAUCAGAAAUAUCAUCAUACUUAAUGGACCGUUGACACCGUUGACUUUCAGUUCGUCGACUUUCAAAUUAUCGUCUUUGCCGUCCUCUUCAGCACCAUACAACACAACAUUAACGGAGACGAAUGAAUCGAAACCGAGUGAACGCUGGAAAAAAAUGUUUGCAUUGCUUUACGAGUUUCGAAAACGGGAGGGCAAUACAAUUGUACCAUCUCAACACGUCGAGAACGGAGAAAAACUAGGAUCAUGGCUCUACUACCAAAGAACUUUGAUGCGGAAGGGAAAUCUUCCCAAGGAGAAGCUCGAACAACUUGAGAGCCUCGGCGUCGUAGCUACCGCAAGUGCCAGACAACUCAAGUGGGACAAGAUGUUUGAAUUGUUGUCAAAAUAUCGAGACCGUGAGGGUCAUCUAGAUGUUCCGCAAAGCCACAAAGAAGACGGCGAAAGCCUUGGAAGCUGGCUCGCACACCAACGAAAAAUGAAACGUGAGAAGAAACUUGCGAAAGAAAAAGUCGACAAAUUGGAAAGACUCGAGGUGGGUAAUGCUCAAGAAACGAUACACCUCUCAAAUCAACAUAAACUGGAAACGGUGGGUGUCGUCUUUGGAGAACACACUUGGAAGGACAUGUACCAGCGGCUUGUGCACUAUCAGCAGCAAUACGGACAUUCCUCCGUUCCACAAAGUUACAAGGACAAGGACGGGAAAAACCUGGGGACCUGGCUCAAUACCCAACGCCAGUCCAAGAAACGUGGGACCCUUGAUCAGAAACUCCAAGGGAAGCUUGAGGCAGUUGAUGGCUUUGCUUGGGAAAUUUCACCCGGAAUGUACCGAUGGGAUGCCAUGUUUUCCCUCCUACGAGAUUAUUACGAGGUUGAGGGACACUGCAACGUUCCUAAAGACUACACUAUCAGGGUUGUGGCAAAUAUCGACGAUGUCCAAGAAAAGCGCCUCGGUUCAUGGCUCAACCAGCAGCGACGAUCAAAAUUGAAAGGAAAUCUCGGAGCCGAUCGCCAGCGAAGACUUGAAAGCCUUGGUGUAGUUUGGGACUUGAGCAUAAUACAAUGGGAAGAAAUGUUUGUCCAUUUACGAGACUUCCGUGAGCGAGAGGGUCAUUCCAACGUUCCGAAUCGUUACAAAGUUGAGACUUCUUUCCCGCUCAAAAAUCUGGGCGCUUGGUUGCAAACUCAGCGUCGAUUGAAACAAGAAGGAACGCUGGACCAAAACCGUAGAGAGCGCCUGGAAAACCUGGAUGUGCAAUGGGAAAUUUAUUCAAAAUGGGAAAAACUGCACCACCUUCUUGUUCAAUACCAGGAACGAGAAGGAAAUUGUCUAGUUCCCCAGAAUCACCUAGAGGAAGGCAAGACUCUUGGAAUCUGGUUGAACAACCAGCGAUCGAGAAAAAAGUCCGGAACUCUCACGAAAGAGCAGUGUUCUGCUCUUGAGGAUCUUGGAGUCGUUUGGGAUGUUGCUCCAGCACAAUGGGACUCAAUGUUCAAUCUCCUGGUGCAAUUUCAAUUGCGAACUGGACAUUGUCGUGUCCCACAGACACACAAGGAAAACGGGAAGAACCUUGGGACUUGGCUUAAUGUCCAGCGCCAAGCUAAGCGCAACGGUACCCUGGAUCGGGCAAAGGAACAAGAGCUGGAGAAAAUUGGUAUGGUCUGGAACGUGGCUUCCGAAAGCUGGGACGAAAUGCUUGCACUCGUCGUUCGGUAUAAAGAACGAGAGGGUGAUUGCUUGGUCCCCUUAAAACAUACGGAAGAUGAUAAGACCCUCGGAACCUGGUUGGACCUACAGCGAAGAUUCCAAAAGAGGGGCACCCUAGAUCCCGAAAAGGAACGGCAGCUUACUGAGAUUGGUAUGAUAUGGGACAAACUGACGUACAAAUGGGAGGUUAUGUACUCACGACUCCUGGAGUACAAAGAAAGAGAGGGUGACUGCAGCGUUCCAGCACUCCACAUGGAAGAUGGACAGGGACUUGGUGCGUGGUUGAACUUACAGAGAAAACUCCAUAAGAAUGGAAAUUUGGACCCAUUACGUCAGAAACGACUGGAAGACGUGGGUGUCGUGUUCAAUCGGAAUAAACAACGGUGGGAAAGCAUGUUUGCACUGCUGGUACAAUUUCGAGAACGAGAAGGCCACUGUCGAGUACCCCAAAAUCACAAGGAAGGUGUCAAACAGGAACGACUUGGGAGCUGGUUAGACAGCCAGCGCCAAAAGAAGAAGAAAGAAAAGCUAGACUUUGCCUUGCAGACUCGUUUGGAAAAGGUUGGUGUGGAGUGGAGCAUAUAUACUACAUCUGAUAUGAACGAUGAUGACGACUGGGGCUUUGAAGGUAUGGAUCAUUUAUUCGAUGACAACGACUUGAUGGCUUACUAAUAAAUUAUCAAUGCCACACGCACAUGAACUCAUCAAGUCUAAAUGCAGUUGUCCAAUCCGUGACUGAUGCAUCAUGGUCAAGUACUAAUAUCAAUAUACAUCCAUUUUAGAGUAGAAUAAAUUAACCACGAAGUC